CGGUCUUCCAUUCUCAAUUCGUCGCCUUCUCUCUCCAACCAGAAAUCAGUCCUCCUGUUGCAAUGUCGUCGCUUCCAAGCCUCCAAAAUUCUCACUCUAUAUCUUACCUCUCGCAACGAGAAGCUGCCGAGAUUGACGAGACUCUCAUGGGCCCUUUUCGCUUUAGCGUUGAUCAUCUUAUGGCAUUGGCUGGUUUGAGCAUCGCAACAUCCAUAGCUGAGGUUUAUAAACCAAGUGAGUUUAAUCGCGUUCUUGCAAUUUGCGGCCCAGGGAACAAUGGAGGUGAUGGUUUGGUAGCUGCUCAAUAUUUGCAUCACUUUGGAUACAAACCUUUUGUUUGUUAUCCAGAGCGUACGCCAGAGCCACUUUAUACUGGUCUAGUUACACAGCUUGAAGCACUAUCAGUACCUCUCAUGUCUGUGGAAGAUUUGCCUUUGGACUUGUACAAGGACUAUGAUAUUCUUGUAGAUGCAAUGUUCGGCUUCUCUUUUGAUGGCACCGCGAGGCCACCUUUUGAUGAUCUAAUUCAGAGACUGGUUCGUUUACAUAGUUAUGAUCAAACAGUACAAAAGCAACCAGUUAUUGUUUCUAUAGAUAUUCCGUCUGGAUGGCAUGUUGAAGAAGGAGAUACUGGUGGUGAAGGCAUUAAACCCGACAUGUUGGUUUCUUUAAUUGCCCCAAAGUUGUGUGCAAAGAAAUUUAGUGGCCCACACCACUUUCUAAGUGGUAGAUUUGUCCCUCCAGUUAUUGCAGAUAAAUAUAAGCUUCAGCUUCCACCAUACCCUGGCACUUCUACGUGUGUGCGAAUUGGAAAGCCUCCCCAAAUUGAUAUAUCAACUCUGAGAGGAAAUUAUAUUUCUCCAGAGUUACUUGAGGAGCAGGUGGAAUCUGAUCCCAUUGAUCAGUUUUGGAAAUGGUUUCGUGUUGCAGUGGCUGCCGGCUUGAAGCUACCAAAUGCUAUGGCCUUGUCAACUGCUAGCAAGGACGGAAAAAU